GUGACCUCAGACGUACACUUCCGGGAACGCGAACGUGACCCGUCGCCCCGCCCUCUCUCGCCCUCUCUUUCCGGUGGCGGAGUCUAGCGAAGACGCGCAGAAAUGGCACCUCGAAAGGGGAAAGAAAAGAAAGAAGAACAGGUCAUCAGCCUUGGACCUCAGGUAGCUGAAGGAGAAAAUGUGUUUGGCGUGUGCCACAUCUUUGCAUCCUUCAAUGACACUUUUGUCCAUGUCACCGAUCUUUCUGGCAAGGAAACCAUCUGCCGUGUGACUGGUGGGAUGAAGGUGAAGGCUGACCGAGAUGAGUCCUCACCCUACGCUGCCAUGUUGGCUGCCCAGGAUGUAGCCCAGAGGUGCAAGGAGCUGGGCAUCACGGCUCUCCACAUCAAACUCCGGGCCACAGGAGGAAAUAGAACCAAGACCCCUGGACCUGGGGCCCAGUCAGCCCUCAGAGCCCUUGCCCGCUCAGGAAUGAAGAUUGGGCGGAUUGGCAAUGAUAUUUUCUCUUCCUCCCCACAGAGGAUGUCACCCCCAUCCCCUCCGAUAGCACCCGCAGGAAGGGGGGUCGCCGUGGUCGCCGUCUGUGAACAGGAUUCCUCAAAUUAAUGUUUUCUGUUAAUAAAUUGCCUUUGUGUAAGCUG